AUGAGCGUAAUUUGUUUGCCGGGCAUUGAAACAGAUGAGGUAACAGUAACAAGUGGACUUGGAAAUGCCCAGCCGGAAUUUAUUAUGGACUUGAUUGAAAAGGAGACUUAUCAACUCUUAGAUCUCUGUCAAAAGAAAGAGAAAGAUAUGCAGAGUCUUUUUCUAAACUCUAUCUUGAACGUUUAUACACAAAAACUAGAUGUCACUAGUCUGCCUGUCUUUCCAGAAACAGAACCCCAUUAUAUUGAUGCAUUGAUGAUUAAUAAUCCAACUGAUGAUUUCCUUAAUAUCACUACUUCUGGUGAAAAGGUCUGUAAGGUCUUUGUUAAAGAGUUAGAAACUUAUUCCGAAAGUAGUGAAGAGUCUAUUUCUCGUGAUGAACAGAGAGAGAAGAACAUUUAUGUAAGUCGAGAAGAUAUUUUCCAUCCAAUUCACUACAAGAUCUAUAAAGACCAUUUUCGCCGAAUAAUUCCUUCUUUAAAGGCCUUGCUUAUUGUUUUUCCUAUCUACAAGCAAAUUCAUCCUAUUUCUGAUAUGAUCAUCCGUUCAUUUAGUCGGCCAGAUAUUGAGUUUCUACGAAUUUCCGGCGAUUCAACUAUUGAUCCUUCCCAUAUCAAUGCAUACUACACCAUGCUUGUUCAAAUCAAGUACUUCAUUAAAGAGUACCACCGCCAAACUUCCUGUGAUUUUAUUGCUAAUGAAGCCACUAACCUAGCCCUCUAUUCAGUUUUUGUCCUCCACAUUACCGGAGAACCCGAAUCAUACGCCGGUGUCAAAACCCUCCAUAUUUCCAACACCUGUUUCCGCCAAAUCAUCAUUGAUCUAUCCGUUUUCAACGAAUCUAUCCUAACCGAAAUAAUCAUCGAGCAAAACUACAGUCUCCGCCGUGUCCUUAUCGUUGUCCCCGAUACAUUCCAACCCGCCAACAUCCCCUCCAUCGAAACAGACGAACUCAAUGCCAACGCUAUCUUCGAGUGCAUAACCAAAUCAUCCUUCAACCAAAUCAACAACUAA